AUGGUGCGACGUUUGAUCCAAGGCCUUUGCUUCGGAUCUCUUUUGGCCACGGCAGGUGCGGACCAAGUCCCAGACUUGCUGGCGGCAGAUAGCGAGUGCGCAAGCGAGGAGUGCACUCUGAAUGCGCUGCAGCGACAUGCUCUCCUGAAAAAGGAACCAGUCGCGAAGAUGUACGGCCAGUGUGGUGGCGCGAAGUGGAAGGGGCCAACCAACUGCGAAGAUGGCGGUAAAUGUGUCAAGAACAACGACUGGUACUCGCAGUGUGAACCCGAGGCGGCAGCCGCAGCACCGGCGCCAUCGCCCGAACCAGCGGAGACGAACAAGGCCAAAGAAGAAACCGAGGAACCGGCCCCGACGAAGACUAUGGCACCAUUGCCUGCCCGGCCAAAGCAGCCUGUGCCCAAAACCUAUGAGACACUGAAUCCGAUCAUCGCACGGGGCAACUUCCUCUAUGAUUCCGUCACGGGAAAGCGCUUCUUCGCCAAGGGCGUGGCGUACAAUCCAAGAAACGAGAAGUACGAUCACUCCUUCGGGAAUUCGGUGCAAAUCGCUGGCUGGGUGGACAAGUGCGUGCCAGGAACUCCCAAGGGAGGCUACUGGGGCUACACUGCCGACGUCAUCGAGGAUGACAAGGAGGAGUUCUGGACUGAAGAUUUGGAAGCGAUGGCCGACAUGGGCGCCAAUACCAUCAGGUUGUACAACUUGGAUCCGCGCAAGAGCCACGCCAAGUUCAUGAAGAAGGCAGCCUCCUUGGGUAUCUAUGUGAUCGUGCCCUUGACGGGCAAGGACUAUGGCUUCCUACCCGCCUUCCCAGCUCCCGAGUGCUACACGAAGGACCUGGAAGACUACGGCAACGUGGGUGUUAACCUGCUUGGCUUUGCGAAGACUUUGAUGAAGGAGUUCAGCCAAUACAACAAUACGCUGCUGUUCACGGCGGCCAACGAGCUUGCGCAGCUGGACAAGAACGGCUACGCUGCUUUCCCUUGUGUCAAAGCAUUUGUGCGGGACCUCCACAACUACCAGGCCGACUGCGCAGAGAGCAUGCGUAAAGUGCCGCUGAUCUACUCCGAUGUCGACACCGGCGGCGGCAUUGCCCGGAAGGUCGUGGCCGAUUACCUGACCUGCGCUUUGGACAGCGACGCCGAUGCUGUGGAUGCCUAUGGCCUGAAUGUCUACUCCUGGUGCGAUGAAACGUAUCCUGGGGAUGGAAAGGCCGACAACUUCCAGUACUCUCCGUACAAGGACAUCAAGCAGGACUUCGAGGACUUCUCGGUGCCUUUCAUUUUCAGCGAGUUCGGCUGCAACCUGGGCAAGUUCAAGACGAAAUGCCCAUACCCAGAUGGCCGAACUUGGCCAGAUGUGAAGCACUUCCUUGGCGAGGACAUGGGGCAGUUUAUGAGCGGCGCCAUUGCGUUUCAGUGGUCCAUGGACAAGGAGGAGUAUGGCCUCACACUGUCUCCGGGCUUCCUCGCUGGCCAGGAUAAGCUCUAUCUCUUGGACAACUACUUCAAUCUGCAGAAGCAGUACAAGAAGUACGACGUGAACAGCACCUGGGAUGCGCCGGCCGGCGAGGUCGACAAGUGUAGCUUCGUUCCUUCAGACGUGGCCCCCAUGGAGUACAAGCACAAGAGGCCUGCUUGCCCGAGCAAGGAGCUGUGGAUGAAGGUGCAGCACGAGAAGCGUGUGGACAAAGUGGUGGAUUGGAGCGCAUCUUGGCCUUCGUGGCGAACCGCUGUAAACUUUGGCUGGUUGGUUCCAAAUAUGCCAUUUCCCUUUGCCAUCGCUUGA